AUGUCUUCCGCGGGGGGGAUUCCACCUGGGGUGAAUAUGCCCAAGAAGCCCGAUCCACGGCUUCGCAAGCUUCAGGCGCCCCAGACCAAGCAGUUCUUUGAUUCCGCCGAUUACGAGGUUCGACGGCAGCGCGAGGGCGCGCCUCAGAUCGUUUCUCAAUCUCAAUCACAGUCCAUGCCAAAGCCCAACUCCCAGCCUCCCCCUCGCCCGUAG